CUGGGCCGCUACAACCACCCCCACCUCGUGCGCUUCCGGCAGUCCUUCCAGGAUGGGAUGCACCUCUUCAUCAUCAUGGAGCACUGCGAACAGGGGGACCUCGCGCAGCUCAUCGCGAGCCAGAGGCAGACCGGCGUGCAGUUCAGCGAGAGGGUUGUGCAGCGCUGGCUGUGCGAGCUCGUCUCCGCCCUCGACCUGCUGCAUACCCUCAAGGUCCUUCACCGCGACAUCAAGCCACAGAACAUCUUCAUCUCCCGAGGCGCGGCAAAGCUGGGCGACCUCGGCCUGUCGAAAGAGGUCGUCACCGGCGUCACCGGCGCUCAGCCGCACACGCAGUGCGGCUCGCCCCUCUACAUCGCGCCCGAGGUUCACAUGGGCCAGCCCUACUCCAAGAGCGUCGAUAUCUGGAGCUUGGGCGUGACCCUCUUUGAGAUGAUGAUGCUCGGCCACGCCUUCAGCGGCCCCGACGUGCCAGAGAUCCUGCGAAAUAUCGUGCAUGCGAGGCACGCAGAGAUUGUCGGGGAAUGGUCCGACGAUCUUACCCGUCUGCUGCUGUGGAUGCUGGAAGAGCGAGCUGUGUGUCGACCCUCCACGGGCGACAUCAUCUCAGACGGCUAC